GUCCUCAAUACUGAGCGAAGUUUCUACCCGGUCAAGAUCUAAAUUGCCAUCAGGCAAGAAUAUUCUUGUUUUUGGUGACGAUGGUUCAGGUAAAACCACACUUAUGACCAAAAUACAGGGAGCAGAGCAUGGCAAGAAAGGAAGAGGGCUGGAAUACUUGUAUCUGAAUAUUCAUGAUGAGGACAGAGAUGAUCAUACUCGCUGUAAUGUUUGGAUUCUGGAUGGAGACUUAUACCAUAAAGGGCUAUUGAAGUUUGCAGUUUCUGCAGAAUCCCUGCAAGACACCAUUGUAGUCUUUGUUGCAGAUAUGUCUAGACCUUGGACUGUUAUGGAGUCUUUACAAAAAUGGGCCAGUGUCUUGCAAGAACAUAUUGAUAAGAUGAAAAUUCCUCCAGAAGAGAUGAGAGACAUGGAACGGAAGUUUAUAAAGGAGUUUCAAGAGUAUGUAGAACCUGAAGAAGGCUACCAAGGAUCACCGCAGAGAAGAGGCCCUUCUGGCCAAGAGGAUGAACAUGUUUCUUUGCCACUUGGAGAAAAUGUGCUGACUCACAACCUUGGUAUUCCUGUGCUGGUAGUUUGUACAAAAUGCGAUGCAGUGAGUGUACUAGAGAAGGAGCACGAUUACAGAGAAGAACACUUUGACUUCAUUCAGUCACACAUUCGUAGAUUCUGCUUACAGUAUGGGGCUGCCUUGAUUUAUACAUCAGUUAAGGAGGAAAAGAACCUUGAUCUGUUGUAUAAGUACAUUGUACAUAAAACAUACGGUUUUCAGUUUACCACACCUGCCUUAGUGGUAGAAAAGGAUGCAGUUUUUAUACCUGCUGGUUGGGACAAUGAAAAGAAAAUUGCCAUUUUACAUGAAAAUUUCACGACAGUGAAACCAGAAGAUGCAUAUGAGGACUUCAUUGUAAAACCUCCUGUAAGAAAGUUAGUCCAUGAUAAAGAGCUGGCAGCAGAAGAUGAACAAGUAUUUCUUAUGAAGCAGCAGUCAUUCCUUGCCAAACAGCCAGCAACGCCUACAAGAGCAUCAGAAUCUCCUGCAAGAGGCCCUGCAGGGUCCCCAAGAACUCAAGGCAGAGCUGGUCCCACCAAUGUACCCAGUGCCUCACCAAUAACAUCAGUUAAGAAACCAGAUCCAAAUAUUAAAAAUAAUGCUGCAAGUGAAGGUGUCUUGGCUAGUUUCUUUAACAGUCUCCUGAGCAAAAAGACUGGCUCUCCUGGGAGUCCUGGUGCUGGCGGAGUGCAAAGUACAGCCAAGAAAUCAGGACAAAAACCAGUUUUGACAAACGUUCAAGAGGAAUUGGAUAGGAUGACUCGCAAGCCAGACUCUAUGGUAACAACAAACUCUCCUCCAACAGAGAACGAAGCUUGAUAACGCAUAGAAAAUGCAUAUGUAAAUGACCAAAUAACUAUGUAUAUUGAUCUGAUAAGACCAGGAAUUUUCUGCUAUGGCAGAUGCUAUCAGUUUUCUUGGGGCAGGGGAAAUGAGCUUACUACAUCAUUGCCUUGUCCCAGUAAAAAGUGCACAUUCAGGAAGUUUGCAUAUAAAAUCCCUCUGUAUAAGAUAACCAUUUAGAGUUUAUAUAGGGCAAUUCUUUUGGUUUUGGAGGUAAGCAGGUGCAGCUGCCAUUUCCUGUUGUGAAGAACACAGAGAAGCAAAAUGGAGAAUUCUCAUUGAAAUACUACUGACUGCACGCAAGGCAAGAAAGAGAAAUGAAAUCCUCUUUGGGAGUUUCUGGAAUUGGCUACUUGUAUGUUUGCAAAUGCGUUAUAUUCUUGGAGUGGUGAUGGUGGUGUAACAGAGCAUUAAUUGUGUGAAAGAAGCCUAGGUAGGGAAUGGAGCCCUAAAAGGGGAGACAGAUUUGGGACAGUGAGAAACUAGUAUGUUGGCUUGACUGGAGAGGAGCAAUGUUGUUAAAUCCUGUGUUUCACAUAGGGUAAAUAAUCACUGUUUUAUUAAAAAGACUACUUUACAUCGGAGAAUUCCAGGCCAAACACUAAGCAUCGUGGGAAUUUAUUCUUGUUAUAACUCUUGUUUUAGUUU